AUGGAUUACCUAAAACCAGCGCAGAAGGGGAGAAGACGUGGUCUUUCCAUAAACAGUCUUUCGGAGACUCAGCAAUCUGCUAUGAAUAGUUCCCUGGACCAUCUUCAGAAUGACUUAAACAGGAUAAAUCUUCAAUGGAAUAGAAUACUGUCGGAUAACACUAAUCCCUUAGAACUAGCGCUCGCAUUUUUGGAUGAUACAUCUGUAGGUCUGGGCCACCGGUAUGAAGAAUUCAAUCAAUUAAAGUCACAAAUUGGUAGUCACUUACAAGAUGUUGUUAAUGAACAUAGCCAAGUGUUCAACACUAAUGUGGCUUCUUACGGAAAAGCAGUCAGUUCGAUCAUGCAGGCCCAAGAACAGACUUUAAAUCUGAAAAAUUGUUUAAAGGAAGCUAAUGAGAAAAUCACCACUGAUAAAGGUUCUUUACAGGAAUUAAAUGAUAAUAACUUGAAGUAUACAAAAAUGAUUGAUGUUUUAGUCAAUAUUGAGGAGUUAUUACAGAUACCCGAAAAAAUUGAGGAGAACAUUAGAAAGGAAAAUUUCCAUCAGGUGCAAAUUCUCCUAGAAAGGGGUUUCAUAUUAAUGAACAACAAAUCUUUGAAGACAGUGGAGAUUUUAAAGCCUAUAAACCAACAACUUGAGUUACAAGAACAUUUACUUUUCAACAAUCUGAUUGAAGAAAUUCACGACAUUAUGUACUCCAAAUCUAACAAAACAAAUUUUACUCGAGUAACCAAUAAUGAUAUAUUCAAAAUCAUAAGCAUUUCACAUAAUGGAUUUACGAGUUUAGAAAAUUACCUGUACAACAUAGUCAAUAUUGAUAUUAUGGAACACUCAAAAACGAUAAACAAGAACCUUGAACAAUUCAUUCAUGACCAAUCGUUAAAUAAAGGAAAUAUCAUGCUACAAGAAAAUGCUGCGACUCAAGCACCAUUGGCACCAUCUAGAAACCAAGAAAACGAAGGAUUUAACAGAAUAGGGUUCCUACUAAAAACCAUAAAUAACAUCAAUAAAUUACCUGUUGCAUUCAAUAUAAUAACAGAAAGGGCUAAAGAGGAGAUUCAUAAUAUAAUUGUUAAAAGUACCGAAUCAAUACGUUCGAAGCACCCUUCUCUGCUUAAAAUGGCUACUAGUUUAAAGAAUGACAACCAUUUUGGCCUACCCGUACAGGAUAUACUAUCGAUCAUUUUAAGGGAAUGCUUUUGGGAAAUAUUUUUGAAAUUACUGUAUGCUAUUCAGUGCCAUAGGGCUAUUUUUGAAAUGUCAAACAUUUUGCAGCCAACGUCUUCCGCAAAGCCAGCUUUCAAGUUCAAUAAAAUUUGGGGCAAACUGUUAGAUGAAAUAGAAUUAUUACUUGUGAGGUACAUCAAUGACCCUGAAUUGAUAUCCAGCAAUAACGGUAGUAUUAAACCAAUUAAUGGCGCGACAAAUAACGCACCCACUUUACCUAAAAGGAAAAAUCCUAAAAUUUUUUCUUUGGAGUAUAACAUUGAGGACAAUUCUUCUGUAAAGGAUCAAGCUUUUGAACUAAAGGCUUUGUUGAAAGAUAUAUUCCCUGGAUUUUCUGUCUCCUCAAACAUGGAUUUAGACUCUAUUUAUGUAAAAGAUGAAUCCUUCGAACAAGAUGAGCCUCUAGUCCCUCCUUCUGUUUUCAACAUGAAGGUAAUUUUAGAUCCGUUUUUGCUGUUUACGCAAUCGACAUCUACAAUUGUUCCCAGUGUCUUAACACAAAAUACUAUUUCAUCCCUAACCUUUUUCGAUGAUUAUAUGAAUAAAAGUUUUCUCCCAAAGAUUCAGAUGACUAUGGAUUAUUUAUUCACGGUUGAAGUAGAAUCCAAUAAUCCGUACGCCUUAGAGCUAUCCGAUGAAAAUCAUAACAUUUUUAAAACAGCAUUAGAUUUUCAAAGGUUAUUUUACAAUUUAUUGAAUGUUUUCAACACAGCAAACACAUUUAGAGAAAAAAUAUCGUACUGCAUUCUAGAUCUUUUGAAUCAUUUUUAUAAUUACUACUUGGGGCUAUUUAAUUCCUUGAUUGGUACUUCUGAUAGACAUUUAACUAGGAAAAUAAUUACGGCAUGGUUGCAGAAUGGUAUUUUGAUGGAUCAAGAACAAAAAAUUCUGAAUGGGGAUGAGACACUCUUUCAUGAAGAAUCCAUAGAGUUAUUUAAGGAAAUACCUCAUUUCUAUCAAGCGGGUAAAGGUUUGAGCAAAUCUGAUUUAUUCAAUAACUUGACAUUGGACACAAUUCUGCAGUUUUCGGCAAGCGUGUUAUGGAUAUUAAACUGGCUGCCAGGCUUAAAAAAGGCUAUCAAUAUUGAUGAAGUAAGCCAAGAACCCAUGUUAGAUGCUGAUAGAUUAAGGAGCAGCUGGACAUUUUCUGAAUCAAUGGAUUUAAACUAUUCGAACCCUAGUUCCAGCCCAAAUUCAUUAGGAAAUCUAAAAAUUUUAUUGGAUGAUAAAGCCUCCAAAAAAUUUGAUGAGACUAUCGACGGAUUCAAAACCUUGAAAUUCAAACUAAUCACUAUACUGAGGUUCAACAUUAGGGCCUUGUGUAUAUACGACAUCGGGUCUUUUUUUCAAAACACCAAAAUUUGGAAUAUGGAUGUGGGUAGUAUUGAAUUAGAUCAAAAUAUAGCUUCUCUAAUUUCCGAAUUAAGAAGGACUGAAAGCAAAUUGAAACAACAGUUACCAGAAAAGGAAAAAAACUCCAUAUUUAUUGGUCUUGAUAUAGUCAACAACUACGCCUUGAUUAAGGGUGCCAAAUCCAUAAAAGUUUUGAACCAUAACGGGAUAAAGAAAAUGUUGAGAAAUGUAAAUGUCUUACAACAUGCCUAUAGAAAUCUUUCUUCUGAACCAUCAAAAAUUAAUAUGAACGUCACAAUGAAUUUUUACUCUUUAUGCGGCUCCAGUGAAGCUGAACUAUUUGAAUAUAUAAAAGACAAUGAAUUACCGCAUUGUUCUGUCGAAGAUUUGAAAACCAUAUUGAGGCUGCAGUUUAGCGAGGAAAUGCAUCGUCAAUUGAAGAGACAAAGCACUAGCUCAACUAAGGGUUCCAUAAAACCUUCCAAUAAGAGGUACACUGAAGCUUUGGAGAAACUAAGUAACCUCGAAAAAGAGCAGUCGAAAGAAGGAGCCCGCACCAAGAUUGGAAAACUUAAAAGCAAAUUGAAUGCUGUCCAUACUGCAAACGAAAAAUGA